UUCUGUUUGUCUAUAAUGGAGUUGUUCUCUUUCUUGCUCUUCUUUCCGAUCUUAGUUGUUUGUCUCAGGGUUUGCAAGUGGGUUGCCGACGAGAGAGACCAAGAAUGUUACAUUUUGGACUACCAAUGUUACAAGCCGACCGAUGAUAGAAUGGUCGGGACUGAGUUUUGUGGGGAAGUGAUAAAAAGGAACAAGAACCUUGGACUCAACGAGUACAAGUUUUUGUUGAAAGCCAUUGUCAGCUCCGGCAUUGGGGAACAAACCUACGCCCCAAGAAUCAUGUUCUCCGGCCGAGAAGAGUCCCCGACGUUGGCCGAUGGAAUCCUAGAAAUGGAAGAGUUUUUUAACGACAGCAUCGGCAAGCUCUUGUCGAGGGCAGGCGUUUCGGCUCGAGAAAUCGAUCUCCUGGUCGUCAACGUCUCCAUGCUAUCAGCCGUUCCUUGUUUGUCCUCUAGAAUCAUCAAUCGUUACAAAAUGAGGGAAGACGUCAAGUGCUUUAACUUGACUGGAAUGGGGUGCAGUGCAAGUUUGAUCUCCCUCGAUAUCGUUCGCAAUGUGUUCCAAUCGUACAAAAACAAGUACGCUUUGUUGGUGACAUCGGAGUCUUUGAGUCCAAAUUGGUAUGCAGGCAACGACAGAUCCAUGAUUCUGGCGAAUUGCUUGUUCCGUUCCGGCGGGUGUGCGAUACUUUUGACGAACAAGAAGUCCCUGAAGCACGGAGCCAUGUUCAAAUUGAAAUGCUUGGUGAGAACACAUCAUGGUGCAAGAGACGAGUCGUACAAUUGUUGCAUCCAAACGGAAGAUGAGAAAGGAAGGGUUGGGUUUCACCUUGGGAAGAACCUCCCAAAAGCAGCAACCCGUUCUUUCGUCGACAAUUUAAGGGUCAUUUCCCCCAAGAUCCUGCCGGUUACGGAGCUAGUCAAGUUCAUGGUGGUCUCCCUGGUUAAGAAAUGGAACCGCCGUGGUUCAACCAAGGGAACCACGACUCAAGGUCCUAUAAAAGCUGGGGUUAACUUCAAGAGAGGAGUGGACCAUUUCUGCAUCCACACAGGAGGGAAAGCAGUGAUCGAAGGCAUAGGGUUAAGCCUCGAUCUCACCGAGCACGACCUCGAACCGGCAAGGAUGACACUGCAUCGUUUCGGGAACACAUCGGCAAGCAGUCUUUGGUAUGUUUUAGCAUACAUGGAAGCCAAGAAAAGGUUGAAGAAAGGGGAGAAAGUGUUGAUGAUAAGCUUUGGGGCUGGGUUUAAAUGCAACAGCUGUGUGUGGGAGAUUGUAAGGGAUUUAGGGGAUGGGAAUGUUUGGAAAGAUGAAAUUGAAAAAUACCCACCAAAAACAUUGGUGAAUCCUUACAUGGAGAAGUACGGGUGGAUCCAGGACGAAGACAUAAGCACCUUCAAAAUCCCAGAAGACAAACUCUUCAAAGGUACCAACAACACUGAAACAAAUUAGGAUGCCAUUUUUAACCUUAAUCUCUUUAGAUUUAUGUCAUUGAUUAUUAAAUUUAAUUUCUGGUAUACUAUUGAGUUCUUAGAUUGUUAAAUCCCAAGGUGGAUUCAUAACCAAUAAGGUGGGCUGAUUCUAAUGAUUUAAAAAGUAUCCUAUGUUGCAUGAAUUAAGCA